GUAUAAAUAAAGGCACGACGGAUUGAGUCUCAUCGGAGAAGCCACACUCGAUCACUCUCUUCGCGCAGGCAGUGGAAGCUCAUGCAGCUCCAGGCUCCUGCAGUAGGAAAGAAAGGAGUUGAAAGAAAACACGAAGAAGACGAAUCAAGAUGAAGCAGCAGCAGUCUGGCAGCAUGGCGGCGAUGCUUCUGGCUCUUGUGGCCGUUGGCACGGUGUUGCUCGCUGUGUACCCGUCUGCGGUUAUGGGCUACAGUAGCUACGAAUGUUAUGAGAACAAAGACCACAACAGCAACACAAUCAGGAGAGUAGACUGCUACGACAAUGAGAACGCAGCGAGCUUGGAGGGAUGUCAAGCGGAGUGCGAUGCCAACUAUAAGUGCAAGGGAAUCGUGUUUAUUCCCAACUCUUAUGGAUGGAAAAAUGGAAUUAUCUGCUGCUUCCUCAAGAAGAAGAUUGGCAAACUGCAAGGCCAGGAUAACCGUACCACCUGCAAGAAAUUGAACGGGCUUGUCCUUCGGGACAUCCGUUAAAAUUGGAACGAUAUAGAGAAGAUAGCAUGGCCCCUGCGCAAGGAUGACACGCAUAAAUAGAAAAGGAACGGGCUUGUACCCUGUUCCCAAAAGGAUGGGGUGUUUUUAUGUUUUCUUUUUUUUAUCUUUUUUGCCCGUUACCUGGCCAGGUUCGUCCAGAAAAGGCCGCAGCCACACAAAGGCCGCGGCCACCCACGUAAUAUCUCCUGCAAUAACGGGACGGUGGAGUACAAAUUUUCUUUCACGGUCCGAAUGCUGCGGCCCCUUCUUUUUCGUUUCUUUUUUCUACUUACCGUAAGUAGGGUGGGAUGAGGCCCUUAAUUCACAGUCGGGAGCGGCAGUGUAUCCGAGUUUCCUGAAAGGGAAAGCAAUCAAAGCUGCCUGCACGU